AUGGGACCGCAGGACUUCACGAACUUCGACGCAUUGCAAAGAUCAGGCGCCGAUUAUUUCACAACCAGCCUAGGUCACGACUCCUAUGGACCCUCCCCGUCACUACCUUCAGAGCUUUGUAAAGUUUGCAAUGCGGACUACAAGAAUCCCAAUGAGCUGGCGAAGCACAUGUGGAAAAAACACAACGGGCCAGCACCAAAGCAACGGAAGACAAAGCAGAAGGCUUCAACGAAGAGAGAAAAAUGCAAAUACUUCGAGCAGUGUAAGACGGACUUCGCAUGCCUGGAGAGCCAGCCAUAUAUCGACCACUUGAAGAAAAAACACAACGUGAUUCAAGUGCUAGAGGCACCCUGCAAGCGCGAAAUGGUGCCUGCUUCCCACGGGCAGCAUGAUCCGGUCCCUGGCCCCUCCAGCCAGUCAUACGACCGAAUCUCUUGA